GGCCCCGCCCACUAACGGAUUGUGGGUCCUUGGGAAGAAGAGACUACUGUAGAUAAACAUCACAUGUGCUUUUAUAGAUCCUGUGGUUCUAGGUCCUCUGGCUUUUGGGAAAGAAAAUUCUACACUACCAAUGUUACACAUUUCUGAGACCACUAAAGGAAAUGACGCGAUAGCGCCGUGGCUUCAUUUGGCCCUAAAUAAGAUGGCUCCUAGCGUUUGGCGCAUGCUCUUUGACGCCGUCCGUGGCCGCGCACCGCGCUUCGGGGAUGCGCACGUCAGUCGCUGCCGUUGUCUGACUUCCGCUGUUGCUGAAACCGAGUUUCCGCGGGAUCAGGCCGGCUUGAUGGAACAAAAGUGGGACUUUAAAAAUGUUGCCCUGUAAGAAGAGAAGAACUACAGUGACAGAGAACUCCCAGGAUAGGAGCAGCCAGGAGGAAGACAACUUAGAACAAGAGUCAGCUUUUAAACCAGAAUCUGACCAGGUCACUGACUUGGGGUCAGUACCACUGUCCUGGGGCCCAAGUCAGGGUAGAGCAGUUGGAGUUGAAGUUCAGUCUGUGCAGAAUGCAGGAAAUCAGCCUGGUGUGGAGGCGCCAUCUUUGAGUUCUAGGAUACUCACCCAGGAAACAAAUUUACCAAGUUUAGAAGGUGUCGAUGAGGCCAUUUCUCAGGGCAUCACCCUAACUUCCUUGGAGUCUUCCCACUCUCCUAACGUACACAUCAGUAAAGGAAAACUCCAGGCUACUGCUUCAAGGAGAGGGAAGAAAGUUGUCCUCAGACCUGGACUAGAAACCCAAGAAGAUAGAAGUGAUCGUCCUAUCAUAAAGAAGCCCUUUCCAGGAGAGCCUAGUGAAGAAGUCAAGGAGGAAGGAGGGAAACCUCAAAUGCAUUCUGGAGGGGAGACACCUUUAUUGCCAUCAGGCAGCCAAUCUGUAAAACCAGGAACCCAGCCUAGGAAAUCAUCCCAGCCAGAUGUUUGUGCCUCCCCUCAAGAAAAGCCACUCAGGACUCUGGUUCACCGAGCUGAGGAAGAGAGAGAGGAUGGUGGACUCUUUAUUCCAAUGGAAGAGCAAAACAAUGAAGAAAAUGAGAAAAAGAAAAAAAAGAAAAAGGGUACCAAGAGGAAACGAGAUGGAAGGGAUCAAGAGCAAGGGACCUUGACGUGUGACCUGAAACUGGAUGACAUGCUUGACCGUACCUUAGAGGAUGGUGCGAAGCAGCACAACCUGACGGCCGUCAAUGUGCGAAACAUCCUUCACGAAGUAAUCACAAAUGAACAUGUGGUAGCUAUGAUGAAGGCAGCCAUCAGUGAGACAGAAGACAUGCCAAUGUUUGAGCCUAAAAUGACACGCUCUAAACUGAAGGAAGUGGUGGAGAAGGGAGUGGUGAUUCCAACAUGGAAUAUUUCUCCAAUUAAGAAGGCCAAUGAAAUUAAGCCCCCACAGUUUGUGGAUAUCCACCUUGAAGAAGAUGACUCCUCAGAUGAAGAGUAUCAGCCAGACGAAGAGGAGGAAGAUGAGACUGCCGAGGAGAGCUUACUGGAAAGUGAUGUUGAAAGCACUGCAUCAUCUCCACGUGGGGCAAAGAAAUCCAGAUUGAGACAGUCUUCUGAGAUGACAGAAACGGAUGAAGAAAGUGGCAUAUUAUUAGAGGCUGAGAAAGUUACUGCACCUGCCGUCAGGCACAUCAGCGCUGAGGUGGUACCCAUGGGGCCUCCACCCCCUCCGAAACCAAAGCAGACCAGGGAUAGCACUUUCAUGGAGAAGUUGCAUGCAGUAGAUGAGGAGCUGGCUUCCAGUCCUGUCUGCAUGGAUUCUUUCCAGCCCAUGGAUGAUAGUCUCAUUGCAUUCAGAACCCGUUCUAAGAUGCCCCUGAAGGAUGUUCCUCUGGGCCAACUAGAGGCAGAGCUUCGUGCUCCGGACAUCACCCCUGAUAUGUAUGACCCCAAUACAGCUGAUGAUGAGGACUGGAAGAUGUGGCUGGGGGGACUCAUGAAUGAUGAUGUGGGGAAUGAAGAUGAAGCAGAUGAUGAUGAUGAUCCAGAAUAUAAUUUCCUGGAAGAUCUUGAUGAACCUGACACAGAGGAUUUCCGUACUGACCGGGCGGUGAGGAUCACCAAAAAGGAAGUGAAUGAGCUGAUGGAAGAACUGUUUGAAACUUUCCAAGAUGAGAUGGGAUUCUCCAACAUGGAAGAUGAUGGCCCAGAGGAGGAGGAGCGUGUGGCUGAAUCUCGGCCUAAUUUUAACACCCCUCAAGCCUUACGGUUUGAGGAACCAUUGGCUAACUUGCUAAAUGAACAACAUCGGGCAGUGAAGGAACUACUUGAACAGCUGAAGAUGAAGAAAUCUUCAACCAAACAGCAACAAGAGAUGGAGAAGCUUAAGCCACAGGCUGAGAAAGUUCAUCAGACUCUGAUUCUAGAUGUGGCACAGAGGAAGAGACUGCAGCAGCAGAUGCAGCAGCAUGUUCAGCUCUUGACACAAAUCCACCUUCUCGCCUCCUCCAACCCCAACCUCAGUUCAGAGGCCAGUACCACCAAGAUAUUUCUUAAAGAGCUGGGGACCUUCGCUCAGAGCUCCACUGCCCUUCACCAUCAGUCCAACCCCACGUUCCAGACCUUGUUCCAACCUUGUAACCUGAUGGGAGCCAUGCAGCUCAUCGAGGACUUCAGCACACAUGUCAGCAUUGACUGGAGCCCCCCAAAACCUGUGCGCAAGAAUGUUUAUGAAUUUUCCUGUUUGCCAAAGCAAGUGGCUUGGAUCCUAGCCACAAGUAAAGUGUUCAUGUAUCCAGAACUACUUCCUGUGUGUUCCCUGAAGGCAAAGAAUCCUCAGGAUAAGCUCAUCUUCACUAAGGCUGAGGACAAUUUGCUAGCUUUAGGACUGAAGCAUUUUGAAGGGACUGAGCUGCCUAAGCCUCUGAUCAGCAAAUACCUGCUAACCUGCAAGACUGCUCAUCAGCUUACGGUUAGGAUCAAGAACCUCAACCAGAACAGAGCCCCUGACAACAUCAUCAAGUUUUACAAGAAGACCAAACAGCUGCCAGUCUUGUUAAAAUGCUGUGAAGAGGUCCAGCCCCAUCAGUGGAAGCCACCUAUCGAGAGGGAAGAGCACCGACUCCCCUUCUGGUUAAAGGCCAGUCUGCCAUCCAUCCAGGACGAGCUGCGGCACAUAGCUGAUAGUGCCAGGGAGGUAGGAAAUGUGACCGGCACCGCUGAGAUCAGUACAGACCAAGGCCUAGAGAAAGCCCACUCAGAACUGGGGAGUGAGACUCGGUACCCACUGCUGUUGCCCAAGGGGGUCGUGUUGAAGCUGAAACCUGCUGCUAACCGUUUUCCCAGGAAGACUUGGAGACAGAAACGAUCAUCAGUUCCUCCAAGCAAAAUGGUGAUCCGGAUUCCUCAGUUGAUCCAGCCUGCCACUGUCUUGCAGACUGUUCCUGGAGUCCCUCCACUGGGGGUCAGUGGUGAUGAUAGCUUUGAGUCACCUGCAGCACUGGCUGCUGUGCCCCCCGAGGUCAGGACCAGCUUUCCUCUCUCUGAGUCCCAGACUCUGCUCUCCUCUGCCCCUGUGCCCAAGGUAAUGCUGCCCUCACUUGGCCCUUCUAGGUUUCGAAAGCCAUGUGUUCGGCGGAAACCCUCAAGAAGAAAAGGGGCCAAGACCUUUCCUUGUCCCAAACCUGCCCCCCUAAUCCACUCUGCACCUGUUAUCUUCACUGUUCCUGCCACCACUGUAAAGGUUGUGAGCCUGGGCAGCGGCUGUAACGUGAUCCAACCCGUCAAUGCAGCAGUGGCCCCGAGCCCGCAGACCAUUCCCAUCACCACCCUCCUGGUUAAUCCUACUCCCUUUCCCUGUCCACUGAGCCAGCCUCUUGUGGCCUCCUCCAUCCCACCCUUAAUUGUUUCUGGCAAUUCUGUGAAUCUCUCGGUGUCCUCCACUCCUGAAGAUAAGGCCCAAGUGAAUGUGGACAUUGGUUGUCCUUUGGCUGAAGGGAAAAAUGCCCUUCAAAGCCUGGAACCCAAAUUAGAACCACAGGAAGUAACUCCGCUCUGUGCUCCUGUCUUCCCCAAAGAGGAGCACAGCCCCAGGCCUCUGGCAGCCAGUAGAGAAAGCCAGGUAGGAUUGUCAGAAAACAGCACUUGCGGUCGGACACUUGUGGAAACAGAGGAGGGGAGACAAGGUCUGGAGCCACUGCCUCAAGGUUUCCAGGGAUUUCUAAACAAUUCCCCUGGAGAUUUAAAGGAAGUUGUGAAGAUGGAACCUGAAGACCCCGGGGAGGUGAUCUGCAAUGUGUCCCCUGAGCAGCACAUUUGUGAUGAAAUAAAAAAGGAAUGGGACACUGGCUCCCCACGGGAGGAGUUGAGCAGCGCUAGAGUGUUGAAAAAGCAGGCAGUCCUGCAGAAGGAGGAGAGGAGUCAGCUGGCUCACACCCCUUCAGCUUCUCAAGAGCCUUCUGACGAGGGAAGUGCAGUGGGGGAUGUGAGCAAAGGUUCCCCAAGGAAUGCUCCAUCUUCCGUGGAGCCUGAGAUGGUCCUUAGCAGUCCCCUGGGGAAGCCUGAAGAGGCGUCCAGUGUUGAUGGUCAGUCAGUGGGGACCCCCGCAGGGCCAGACAUUGGAGGAGAGAAAGACGGCCCUGAGGAAGAGGAGGAAGAGGACUUUGAUGACCUCACCCAGGAUGAGGAAGAUGAGAUGUCAUCAGCAUCUGAGGAAUCUGUGCUUUCUGUGCCUGAGCUCCAGGAAACAAUGGAGAAACUGACUUGGCUGGCAUCUGAAAGGCGCAUGAGUCAGGAGGGUGAGUCUGAGGAAGAGAACUCCCAGGAGGAGAAUUCUGAGCCAGAAGAAGAAGAGGAAGAAGAAGCAGAAGGAGUGGAAAGCCUACAGAAAGAGGACGAGAUGAUUGAUGACACAGUUGGAGACACUGUUGAGAAGCCCCCUUCUACCUUGGCAUCCCCCAAGACUGCCCCGGAAGUGGAGACGCUCAGAAUCCCACCAGGAGAGAACAUAAAAGCUGCAGGAAAGGGCCGGAGCAACCACCGAACUCGAAGCAAGCGUGGCAGUCGGGCUCGGGCCAGCAAGGACACCUCGAAGCUGUUGUUGCUGUAUGAUGAAGACAUUCUCGAGCGUGAUCCGCUCAGGGAGCAGAAGGACUUGGCUUUUGCCCAAGCCUAUCUGACCAGGGUACGAGAAGCACUGCAGCACAUCCCUGGCAAGUAUGAGGACUUCCUUCAGGUCAUCUAUGAAUUUGAGUCAAGUUCUCAGAGGCAGACAGCUGUGGAUCUCUACAAAAGCCUCCAGAUUCUGCUCCAAGAUUGGCCGCAGUUGUUGAAGGACUUCGCUGCUUUCCUGUUGCCUGAGCAAGCUCUGGCCUGUGGAUUAUUUGAGGAGCAGCAGGCCUUUGAGAAGAGUCGCAAGUUCCUUCGGCAGCUGGAGAUUUGCUUUGCAGAAAACCCCUCACACCACCAGAAGAUUAUCAAGGUCCUCCAGGGUUGUGCAGACUGCGUUCCUCAUGAGAUCACAGAGCUCAAGACACAGAUGUGGCAGCUCCUCAAGGGCCAUGAUCAUUUACAGGAUGAAUUCUCCAUCUUCUUUGACCAUCUGCGUCCAGCAGCAAGCCGGAUGGGUGACUUUGAAGAGAUAAAUUGGACUGAGGAGAAAGAGUAUGAGUUUGAUGGCUUUGAAGAAGUGGCACUGCCUGAUGUGGAAGAGGAAGAAGAACCUCCCAAGAUACCCACAGCCUCAAAGAACAAGAGAAGAAAAGAGGUUGGGGUUCAAAAUCAUGAUAAGGAGACUGAGUGGCCAGAUGGGGCAAAGGACUGUGCCUGUUCCUGCCACGAAGGGGGUCCUGAUUCCAAGCUGAAGAAGAGCAAGCGGAGAACUUGUAGCCACUGUAGUGGCAGCAAGGUCUGUGACAGCAAACCCUGCAAGCACAAGGAGCCACAGGAGUCUGUGAGCAGCAGUCCCCAUGGAGAGGCCAGUCCUGUGCGUGGUGCGAAGGAAGCAGGGCAGGGCAAGGAGCUGGUGGAAGAGGAGGCCCUGGAAGAUCGGGAGAGCACUGAGGCCCUGCAGAGCAGGACUGGCAGGACCACCCGGAAGGGGGAGGUGCCUGCUCCAGGAUCAACAGUGCGGAGCAUGUCAGUGUCCCAAGAAGUGCCUCUUACAGAACGGCUCCCAGAGAGCACACCACGUCCCACACCAGAGACGCCUCAGCACCCUCCCCCAACUGCAGCUGCACUACACACUGUUCAGAGAGGCCAGGCUGGGCCUGAGGGUCUCUCCGCCAGUGCAUCCCCUGGACAUGAAAAAGAAGGGGAUGGCUGCAAGGCAGUGGGUGACUCAGAGGCCUCUUUGCUUGUCUGGGACGCCUCACAGCCUGAGACCUCGCCCGGUACUGUGGAGCCCUCUGCCCCUUUCCCAAGUCCUGCUUCCUCAAGGACCAGAGUCAUCGGGAGGAGACAUGUGCCUGGGAAACCAGACGCUCAAGACACCUGGCUGUCCUCGAGCAGAGCUGGGGCAAGGAGAGCAAAUAGGCUGUCCCCCAGCCAUGAACCGUCACUGGGAGUCAACACCUCAGAGACGGCUCCUGAAGCCCCCAGAGGGAGUCUGGCUAAAGAUGGUGGAGUGCAGGUCAGGGGUUCAGAGGGGGAACAGCAGCCAAAGGCCACAGAAGCUACAGUGUGUGCGAACAAUAGCAAGGUCAGCUCCACCGGGGAGAAGGUCGUCCUGUGGACCAGGGAAGCAGACCGCGUGAUUCUCACCAUGUGUCAGGAGCGAGGAGCACAGCCGCAGACCUUCAGCAGCAUCUCUCAGCAGCUGGGAAACAAGACCCCAGCGGAGGUCUCCCACCGCUUCCGAGAACUCAUGCAGCUCUUCCACACGGCCUGCGAGGCCAGCUCUGAGGAUGAGGACGAUGCCACCAGUACCAGCAACACAGACCAGCUGUCAGACCACGGGGACCUGCUGUCUGAGGAGGAGCUGGAUGAGUGAGACUGGGCAUGUGGGUGUCACCUGCUCAGGACCAGCUCUGUAGGCGGCCCACACCCAGGAUAGGGGGGCUGUCUUUGCCUGUCCAGUCCUUGAGCUCUGCACACAGGACUGCAGAGUGGAACUGAGGACAAGGACAAAAUGACAGUGAGGUGGGCCAGGGCUCUGCACCCUGUGUCUCUCUCAGGGCAGACCUUAGGAAGACCUUCUAGUUCCACUGUGUAAAUAACCAUUGAAGGAGGGGGGCUAUGCUCCCUGCUCUCCCUCCUUUUUGUCAGAUGGUAC